GCCAUGGCGGAGCGAUGGCGGGACGUGUGCGGGGUGCGCGUCGCCCCGGGCGUGCUGCGCUUCACCGACGCGGUUCCGGGGAGCUCCUACCGCGCCGCGCUCACCGUGCAGAACCUGCGGGCGGGCGCCUGCCACCUGCGGCUGCUGCCGCCACAGGAGCCCCAGUUUAAAUUGAUUGUGGAAAAUCCAGAAAAACUCCUUGCAUCUGGACUUCAAGUUAAAGCUGUUGUGGAAUAUACUCCCAAGUGUGCAGAAAAUCAUCAGGAUAAACUGACUCUUUUAAUAGAUGAUGACAUAGUUCAUAUCCCUGUGCUUGGAUUGAUUCCAUACUGUGAUCUGGAAAUACAGUCAGAGGUUAAUUUUGGUGAAAUGAUUGCAAACAGUAAACUAGUUACUAAACAGAUUAGUAUUUCUAACCGUGGAACAAUUGCAGGUAUAUUUAAAAUAUCAUAUGAUGGGGUGGUUCUGCUUAACAUAAAACCUCUCAGAGGAGUCGUAAAGCCAAAAUCUACAAGGAAAAUUCGAGUGGAUGUCUGCACAGAUGUACCUGGAGUCAUCAAAGAAAUGAUGAAAGUGGAGUUGGAAAGUCGUGGCUGCACUGAAGUAUGGGUCAGAGGUGUUGUGGUUGAACAAGUUCUUAAAGUUCUUGGAGUGAAUUGUGGAAAAGUACUGAAGUGCAUUAACUUUGGACCUCUUUACUUUGGGACUUCAAAGACAGAACAAAUAUAUUUAUACAAUGAAAGUCCUGAGUGUAUGGAUUGGGUAGCAGUACUGGAAGACAAUGCCAUUGGAGGGGAGAUGGGGACAGAUCUUCAGGGGAGUACAGAUGCUGUUUUGUAUGACUUAAGCCUGAAAACUAAAGAUGUAGAUGUUUCCACCUUGAUCUUGUGUGCUCCCAAUCAAGGAACCUUGGAGCCUUAUGAAAAAUCUUUGAUUACAGUCUGCUUUAGUCCAAAGAAAUUUGAAAGAGACUUUGAAGUGAAUGAUGCAUCACCAGUUCAAGAUUAUGUCGUGUUUCUGAGAUUUGAAACUGCUGGGAAGAGAGGUGGCUCUCUGCAGAACCUCAGUGGUGGUGCCACAGCAACCACAAGCAGUGAUUCUCGCUAUGUGGACUUAGCUUUGAUGGGUUCUGGCUUUCCUGUGAUAUUAACUUUUAAGCCAGGAACAGAAAUUAAUUUUGAGGACUGUUAUUUGGGUGAAAAAACACAAGUUGCAUGCACAAUGAAAAAUGAAUCCGAGUUCCUUCCAGUAACGUUCAGAUUCCGCAAGACUGCUCACUUCAGUGUUUCUCCUGCUGGAGGAAGUAUUGAAACAAAAUCUGAAAAGGAAGUGAUGAUUUCAUUUUCUCCACAUCAAAUAGGAAAAUUUGAGAUGAAGCAAAUUAUUGAUAUCAUUGGUACAGGAGUAGAUAAAAAAAAAGUAGAUGUUUUGAAGACAAAACCUUUUCAUCAAAUAUAUUUGACCUUACAUGCUGUGUGCAAAUCUAAACGAACAAGCAUUGUAUUCACAAUUAAUCCUGGCCUAACACCCCUGAUUUCCAAUGAAACUGGACAGUUUGUAGUUCGUGGCAGACGACAGCUCAGUGAGGCAGCACCUGUGGCAAUCCUUAAAUCAAUUCAAACACAAAUCCAUACUCACCGCAAAAACAGGAAUCGUGAGGAUGGCGCACUUAUAGCCUUUCCCAAUGACCGUGCAGCCAGCCUUAGGCCUAGUGAUUGGAAUAAAAAGUACAGGACUAUUUUCACAAAGACUGAGAGAUAUAAUUAUGUAGACCCAGAAUUUGCUCUUACUGACUCUGAACGACUGUUAAAAGAAGAAAAUAAGAAACACUAUCUACGCUUCAUUUCCCAUUUGAGACAGCGUCGUUUAGAGAGGGAGGCUGCCAGGCAUUUUUAUUUUUAUAACAAUCCUGUGAGUUUAGGCAUUAAACCAGCUGAAGGUCUUAAGUCACCAGACAUCUCAGUCACAGAUUUUCCCAUGGAGAAGCCACAGCCUGAAACACUUCCUUCAGAUGAUAAUUGCAUGUUAACUAGUCGAAAACUGGCAGAAAUUGUUUCUAAAUCUACAAACAAAGGAGUUUGGAGCUGGCUUAGUCCUAUGCCAACUUCUCCCCAGGAGAAGGAAGAUUGUAGUCUAACUUUGACACACAAACAGCUUCAUCAAAUAUUCAUUGGUCCUUCUACUAUAGAUUUUGGUGAUGUUUGUGUGUAUUCUACAACAACCAAAGAGUUGCACAUCAUCAAUAAUUUGUCAGUUCAUAUUUGGAUACAAGUUGAGAUUGAAGUGGCAGAGUUGCAGGAGACAUCUCCAUUGUCUCAGGUGGUGCCUCCUCUUACAAAAACCCAUAUUCCAGUUGUGUUUGAGACAAUCAAUGCUGGAAUGUUUAAAAACUCUUUCAGUUACAAAAUAAACAACAAACACAUUGGACAUGUGCUGGUAAUUGCACAUGCAAAGCCUAUUGAACUUCAGCUGUCUAGAAGAGAAGUGAUUUUGAGUCCUGUUUCUGGCUGCCUAGCAGGGACAGAGUUUAGAAGAACUGUGAGGGUAUGCAAUCCCAGAAACCAACCUGCUGGCUUUAUUUGGAAACCUGUAGAUGAAGAUACAAAAUCUGCAUUUACCAUACAGCCAGCCAGAGGGUUUGUGGAGCCCUAUAGUGAAGUGGAGUGUGAAGUUGUUUGGCAUCCAGGGUUCAGCACUCCAGAAACAGGACAAUUCACCUUGAGUGUGCGCAAAGGAAAUUCAGUUAACUUGAAAUGUUCUGUAAAGUUUGGUACCACUAGAGUUCAGUUUGUGGCUCAAAGUGUCUCCUUGGCUCACAGUCCAAUUGGUUUCACUACUUGUAAGACUGCCACUAUUCUAAACACAGGAUACCAGCAUGCAUACUUCCAGGUUCUUGACUCCAACCCACUGCCUGGAAUGAAAAUCACACCCUCUGAAGGAGUGAUUCCUGUGGGAGGCUUUGUUGAUUUAAAAAUCUCUUUCACUCCAAAGGCACACAUGAGUUUUGAUAGAAAAGUGGAGGUAGCAGUGAGGAAUGCAGCAGAACUCACACUUAGGAUCAGUGGAUUUUCAGAGAUCACUGAAAUAGGCAUUGAUGUGGGAAUAUUUGAAUAUCAAGGUGUUUAUGUUGGCUCUACAAAAUCAAUUCCAUUUUUGCUGCAGAACAAAGGACAAUCUUGUACAAAAGUGCAGUUUGAUUUUAUUGACCAUAAGGAUUUUAAAUUGUAUGCUGAAGACAAUUCAGCAAUUGACCGUUCUCGUUCAAAGCCUUAUCUCUAUACAGUUUACUUAAAGGAAGAGUCAUCUUUGCAAUGCUUCCUGGCCUUCACACCAAAAAAGGUGGCAGCAUAUGACUUCAUUCUCCCAAUUGCCGUUCCUCGGGCCACGUACCCAGCUCCAGCUCCUGCGGUGCCUCUGAAACGCGGGGCCCCCGCGCCCCUGCCUCCCCCGGAGAGCCCAGCCCUGCCCGUCUGCAGAGUCAGGGCCAAUGGACUUCAACCACUGAUGGAGUUCUCCUCAAUGGAAUUUAAAUUUGAAGAACAUUUGAGUGACAUGCGUUCCAGUACUGCUGAUAGGAGUGUGAGUUCUCAGAACCUUAUCCUGAAGUGUCUCGCAAGAGAGGAUGUAAUGUGGAAAUUGAAUUUUGAUGAUGUAGACAAAAAUAUAGAAGAUGGUGUUUUCAGAUUUAGUCAGAAGCAUGGACGUGUUUGUAAAAAACAAGAAGUCAGCAUUGCUGUGUCCUUCUGGCCUCCUUGUCCUGGGACAUAUACAUCUGAAAUAAUCUUGCAUCUAAAUAAUAAUCCAGCACGAUACAUACUAACAUUGUCUGGCACACUGAGGUCACCAAAAAUGGAUUUCCAUCCCCCCUUUUUAAUACUGAUGCCAGUUCCUCUGGGUGUGGAAACUGAAGCAGACGUCACCAUCAUUCCGCAGGAUUUUUUAAGGGAUUCACAAAUUAGAGUUAAACUUCCUGAGCUUGAACUUGCAGAUGGUACCAGGACUUGCCCUUUUUUUGUGGAGUUCCCAGAGGGAGAAAAUGUUGUUCUUUCAUCAGAUGGCACAGCUAAUGAAAUGACCUGCCGCAUCAGCUUCAGCUCAUCAAAGCCAAUGUCAUUCUUAGGGGAAAUCUUAUUUAUUGACCAAGAAGAUAACAGGGAAAGGAGUCCUUCCCUUGCUCCACCAUGGGCUCCCUUCCAUGGGAGACAGUUCUCCAUGAACUUCUCCAAUGUCUGCAGGUCUCAGCCAGGAGCCUGCUCCACCACAGGCAUCCCAUGGGUUCACAGCCUCCUCUCAGCAUCCCGGUGCCCAUUUUGGACUGAUGGUACACUCAGGCUCAUAGUAAAACUAGGAAGUGGAAAUACUAUACCAAACUUCAGCAUUUUGGCGGAGACUACCACUGAUGAAGGUGAGAGUGAUGAAUAUGAAAGUGAAGAGAAUGAAGAAGGAAGUGAAGAGAGUAAAACUGACAGUGGAACUGAUGAGAAAGGAGAUAAGUGUGAAUUAUCAUUUUUUCCUGAUGAAGAUGAGGAGGACUACAUGUUCUUUCAAAAGACACUAAAUGCUGUCCAGAGUUGGUUCACACUCUUUGGCUGGUCUAAGGGACAGAAUCCCAUUUCCAUACCUUAUUCACUGAGAAGUGAUGUGUGUAUAGUCCAGCUAACUGUUGCACAAGAAAAGAAUUUUAAACGAAGGGUUGACAAAGAUAAGGGUUUUUAUGAAAUGUUAGUGCAUCUGAAUGGACAAUCAAUACCAGGCAUUGCAGCAAGCCAGUCAUUGUCCACUGAUCCAGUAGAAAGAAUGCUCCAACUCCACUGGCAGCACACUGAAUUGCUUUCCUUCCUUAAAAGGAAAGGAGCAUAUCUUCCUCAUAUUAUGCCAGAAUUUCUGCUUUCACCAGAAGAUUAUGAGUUAUGGACUGAAGUGAAUACUGGAGUGAGGUGUUUUGUACCUGAGGCGAAGAGGGGAACCAUGAGAAGCCCAGGCAAGUUAAGUGGCAGGCGUAUUUUUGUUCUGGAGAGCAGAACCUUUGAGACAAUGAGCAAACGAGCUUGGACAGAUGUGCUGCUGCAGAUGUACAAGGUGUUUGUUCUUCCACGUGUUUCUUCCCGUAUUGUUCCUGACCCCUCGAGCUUGGAAUGCUUGCAGAACAUGCCAGGAAUAAAAUCAGAACCUUUAUGCAGUAAUAUAUAUUCUCGAUAUGAGCGAACCAUCCUCAUCUGGUUGAAUAAAAAUUAUGAGAAAAAUCGAAAAAUUGUGUGGAAAGACAAUGAAAGAGGUGGAAUACCGCCCAUGAGAUGGAUAGUGAAUUUUGACCAAGAUCUUCUGGAUGGUCUGGUGUUGGCAGCACAGAUGGCAGGUUAUUGUCCAUAUUUGAUUCCCACUCACUUUGUAAAGAUGUAUACUAAUCCAAUAACUCAUGAACAGUUUAUGCACAAUGCCUUGAUAAUUGUGAAGGCUCUGCAUACUAUCAAUAUGGAUUUGGACAUAAAGGCCAUUGAUAUCUGUGAUCCAAAUCCUGUCAUGAUGCUUAUUUUGUGUGUCCACCUGUAUGACAUUCUCCCUCACUACUUACCCAAGAACACUAUAGAAUUUUCAGGUGCUCUCCAUGCAACUAUUGUGAAGCAGGUGCUCCUGAAGAACCCGAGCAAUUACGCUUUGGCCUACAACGUGAUUCUUGUGGGAAGAGAUGCUCAUGAUUUCUCUUUACCUAAAGGAAACACUGUUACCAUUCCUGAUGGGAGGCAAGGCUUUGUAAAUGUGGAAUUCACAAUUCGUUUCCUGCACCCUGCUGAGGCAGUAUUGCUGCUGACCUCAAAUAAAGUUGAUGGAAUAGAUGGUGCCACAAUGGCAUUCUCUCUGAAAGCUGAAGUUAAGAGUAUUGAGCCUCUUGCUAUAAUAAGAUGCAGAUCCCCAUGUUAUGAGCUGAAGAAAUUUAACAUAAAUGUCACUAAUCCCUUCAAAACUGAUGGCUUAUUCAGGGUACUCUUGCUGGAAUCCACACAUUUAAUCCACCCAGAGAAAGUGUAUCAAGUCAGGCAAGUAAAGCAAGAGCAAAAGUUUAGUUUUGAAAGUAGCAUAUUAAAUUCAAAAAACAGUGUACUGUCUGAAGAUUCAAAGAAAGAGACUUUCUCUGAUCAAUCCAGCCUCCUGCAUGAGUUCUUCAGUCCAAUGGAAAACCUGUUCUUGAGAGGGAAAGAUUCUGCAUCCUUAGAUAUUCACUUCCUCCCCUUUAAUCAGGAGAAGCGUUACUGCACUCUUAUUCUGAUUAAUGAAAAGAUUGGAGAAUUUGUCUACCUGAUUGAGGGAUCAGGGGAUUUACCUCUGACUUCAGAAUUGCCUACCUUGGAUAGUCCAAAUGUUUUGCAUGCUACCUCAGAAGAUGAAUGCACAGCACAUCCAGUUUUAUAUUUGAAAUGUGUGCUUGGUCAGACUCUGGAGGAGAAUCUGAAGAUCCCAUUGAUCAAUGAGCCAAGGGAGAGGGCCCUGGCUCUGGCUGCUCAGCAGCAGAUGUCAGCUGUGGAGUAUGAGAGGAGAUUGAUGACUGGGACUCUGCAGAGCAGCAGCGUUCGAGUUGCAACAGCAUUGUUGGGGCUGUCCGGAGUAGAGAGACGUGCCCUUCUGAAGCCUCGCCGGCACCCCUCCGAGAUGAAGCACGUGGAUUACAGUGUAGAACUGAGCAUCAAACACGUCUUUGAGGUUCCUAAAAAGUUCUCUAUUCCAGUGUUAUCUUCAGCCAGAGUUAUUUUGGACCCUUCAUCAGCCAAAUACCCUACAUCUCAGAAAACAGGUGGAAUUGAUGCAGUUGAGUUUCCUAUAAAAUUCACUCCUAAGAAACCUGGUUGCUACCACUGUCAGAUUAUUCUGAAGUCAUCCUAUGAUAUUCGUGUCUAUGAGAUUGAGUGUGUGGUGAAUGCAGACCAGGCUGAUGCACAGCUUGAAUUUCUAAUUCCAGCUUACCAGACAGUGACUCAGGAAAUUCCAAUUAGUAACUUAUCCAGUGAGGACUGGAGGUUUGAAGCAAUUUUGGAAGGACAGGGUUUUCAUGGCCCUCCUGCAAUAAAUGUGCCUGUAGGUGGAACAGUUCCAUAUCCACUCACAUUCAAGCCCAUUGCUGAGAAUGUAAUAAUGGGAAGGCUUAUUCUGAGAAAUGUUACAGCUGGAACUCAGAACAUCUUCAGUCUUAAGGGAAUAGGGAAGAAACCUCUGCCUCAGGACUGCAUUGUGAUAGAGUGCCAAGUGGGAAAGGUGGCUCAUAAAAUCCUAUGGGUGCACAAUUAUACCAAGAAGAUGCUAAAAUACAAGGUGUAUUCCAAUCUCUCAAUGCUGAGUGGUGCCCCUGAUGUGGCUGUCAACCCAGAGGACACUGCUGCUUACACCUUGAGUAUAUCUCCCUGCAGACGAGGAGUCUUUCAAGGUGUAAUUUCAUUUGUUGCUGAAGAUGAGGACCAGCAGCAGCCUCAAGGCAGCAGCUCAGCACAGAGGACAGAUGGCAAAGGGGCCCUUCAGAAGCUGCCAGCCAGGACUCCUGAUGCAGAUGACGUUGGAGGAAGUUCUACAAACUGCAAAGUGUGGUUCUCCUUGAAGAUUUUCAGUGCACCUGCAGCAGCAGAAAGGACAAUAGAUGUGGACUGCAAAGCUCUGGAUACUGUUGGAAUUAAUAUUCCCAUCACUAAUCCUACCAAUAAAGUUCUCAAGAUGAGUGUGCUGCUGGACCAUCCAUCCCUAUUUGGGGAAAACUCUUUCAUUCUCAAGCCCAAACAAACAUUUUCAUAUCACCUGACGUUUUCUGCAGCUGCUGUUGGUGCUUUUGCUGGAAGUGUCAUGUUCCGGUCAGAUGUGGUUGGAGAGUUUUGGUAUGCCCUGAAGUUCAAUGUGGAGAAGCCAUCACCAGCUGCCCUGCCUGAUAUAGGAUGUGAGCUUGGAAAAUGGACUCUUACACACCUACCUCUUACUAAUCCUACUAAUGACACUCUGGUGCUACAAGUGGUUAACAGCGACCCCUGCCAUUUUGCAGUUGAGACUGACCCAACACAACUUCUGGCUAUCCCUCCUCAUUCCACCAGUCAGCUGCCUGUGAGAUUCUGUCCCUCUGCCCUUGGAAGGCGCAACCACAAGGCAACAAUAACCUUAAAAUGCCCACAGUUUGGAGAGAGGAUAUUUCACCUGACGGGGUCUGGAGUUCCUCCUGAGCGCAUGGAAACCACCACCACCAGUGCCUGCAUUGGAGAGUACUCCUCUGCCAUCAUAUCCUUCAGAAAUCCCACAGCUGAGAAUGUGGUGGUAGAUAUCGUGCUGGCAGAUCAGGGGUUGUUGAAUGAGCAUCUGAGUGCAUCUGUCCUGUCUCAGGCCACCUGUGAAGAAUCUGUUUUUCAUCUUCUGGUUAAACAACCACAAGGAAUCCGAUUAGCUCCAAAAGAAAAACUGGAAAUCCCUGUAUUAUUCAUGCCAGCUGAAAUGAAAAUUUAUAAAGCAGUGGUGGUAAUUCAUGUAAAGAGGGAAAACGGUGAGAACUGGCCUUAUGAGGUUACUGGUGAAUCAAAUACAGACUUAAACAGAAAUGUUAUUGUAGCAGAGAACGGCGAAACUCAGGGAAUACUCUGGAUCUAUCCCAUUAAUGGAACACCUGAAGCACCACAGCAGAAAUCAGUUGUGAUCCGCUGCCAGGCCAGGCAGAGGCUGGAGCAGAGGGUGGAGCUGCUGCUGAUUGGGGUCAUGCCUGGUGCCACUGACCUGCCUGAUGCGGGGAGCUCUGCCUUGGUGGACACAGAAGAGUUGUCCAGCACCCCAGAAGUCACUGAUGGUUCCUCUGCAACACUGGAGUUUCUGUAUGAAUUGCAAUAUCAAUCAGAUGAAAUUAGAUAUCAGCUUGAAUCUUUGGUUGGAAUGGAGCUGGUUGAAAAAGAAUGGGAUACAGAAUCCAGAAUUGUAACACUGAUCUUUAAUGUAGUGUUUGCACCUAGCAAACCAAUGAGGAGUGAGGCAACUCUUGUAAUUCAGUGUACUGCAGGAGGCCUUUGGAAGUUUCCAUUGGUGUUCAUUGCCACAGAGCCAGAAGUGGAUGAUGUGAUCAACAUUGAAGCAGUUGGCCUUAAUAAGGAAUCCAUAGUUGGCUUUAAGCUCACAAGCCAGACAAGGUACCCAGAGCCAUUCACUGCACACUUCCUGGCAGGCAGUGAUCCCGAUUUCCUUGUGAUGCCACAAGCUGGAGAGCUUCUCCCAGAGGGCACUGGGGGAACCCAUAUAACAGUGGGGUACAAGCCAAGGAUGUACGGCAGGAAGCACACAGCAACCCUGGUCAUUGAGACACAAUCAAUGCAGUGGACAUACAUAAUCAAUGGACUUCCUCCACAGACUGAACCACCCACAGUGGCAGCAAAAGUGGUUUGCACCAGCAGCUACAGAGGAUCGUUCACAGUCCGGCAGCGCAACUUUGUACGUGAAAACCUGAAACUUAUAACCACUGGGGCAUCCUCACCUAUCAAAGGAGCCCCUUUGGUCCUUAGGAAUAGACUGAAAAAGUUAUAAUCUGUUAAUUUUUGGUAAGAGAACAAAUAAAUUCUGCAGAUAAAAAAACCAUGCAGUUUGUUAAUUUUUUUUAAACAGAUGUGGAAUGCAUUGAUUGUAUGUUCUGUAUGGAAGAUUCAGAGCACUGGAGCCCUAGUAAUAGUCCUGUUUUUCUAUAAGGGAUUUUGGAUGCCUAACAAUUUAUUUAUGUCAUGCAGAUGUCA